AUGGCCGACCCAGGGCAGAAGGAUGACUUUCCCGACCUGUCGUCCUUUGACGACGAUGUGUCGGUGAUAUCUACUCGAGGAGUCGAGGCAUUCGGCCGCAAAGUGACGAGCACGGCGAGCCAUCUGAUCGGUACUAUUGCCGAUCCAACCUCCCACCCUCACUACACCAGGGCCAUGACCGAGGUCUCCCGUCAGUUGACGAAACCGUCUCUGCAGCGCACCAUGUUCUCAAUGGCGCGCACUACGCCUACCGACUUGGUCAGGUCCCGCCUCUCUACCACGGAAAUACAUUCGCGCGCUCUUGCCUAUGUACCGGACGAGCUGCUCAAGAACAUCCCCGAGGAUGAGAACUCGUACUCUCUUUUCCAGGGCUUCAAAGCCAGCUUCCCCGAGUUCGCCGAGGAUUCCAAGGGCAAGAAGCACAGGCGGCGUGUCUCCAGAGGAAGACGGCUUCUGGAGGAAAGGCCCACGACACCGGAUGGAUCGCCGGAAUCGGUGCAUAAGAUCAAGAAGGAGAAGUCAACCAUGAUGCAUCAGUUGGAGAUGUUGAGCAUUCGGAAGAAUAUGGCCAGCGCUGAGAUCAAGGAGAUUGAUGCCAAACUGGAGAACCUUGUAGGCAUGAGGAAGAUCAUCCUUGAAAGGCUGGCAGCUCUGGAGAAGGACGAGGCGUUGCUUGAGCAUGAUAUUGUCGAGGUUGAGACGAGAUUAGAAGAGGCUCAGGAGAUGGCUGUCGAGGCAGCCUCUAUUGCCCAACACACACCGGCGAGAUCAGAAGACGGGCAAAACGAGGAUGAGAACGCACCUGGUUUCAUGUCGCAAUCCAUUUACGAGAAGCUCCCAUCAGUAUCAUCAGGAAGUGGCCCCGUUAAGCGGAAGCCGAGAAGUAUCAGGAGGAAGUCGGCGCCGAUUUUGCACGAGCACUUCGAGCCAGGAAGCAUGAUCCGCUCGAUGCGCGCGCAUCAGGACAGCAUCACUACUCUCGACUUUGACGCCCCCUUUGGAUUGAUGGUUUCGGCUGCAAUGGAUGAUUCGGUUCGUGUUUGGGAUCUGAACGCUGGUCGCUGCAUUGGUCUCUUGGAUGGCCACACUGCUUCGGUUCGCGCUCUCCAGGUCGAAGACAACUUCUUGGCAACUGGCUCUAUGGAUGCGACUAUUCGGCUCUGGGAUCUCAGCAAGGCUCACUACGACCCGCAAGGCAGCAGCUUUGGUAAGGAGGAGGACGAUGACGAGGACGCUCUUGCCUUCGAGAACCCCAGCGACUUGCCGGUAGACCCUCCUGCCAACAGCAUGGCUGAUUGCCCACUCUUCACCUUGCAAGCUCAUCUUGACGAAAUCACGGCUCUUCACUUCCGAGGCAAUGUUCUUGUGUCAGGUUCUGCUGAUAAGACUCUUCGGCAAUGGGAUCUGGAGAAGGGACGUUGCGUGCAGACUCUGGACGUUAUGUGGGCUGCCGCGCAGGCCACUGCUCUCUCCCACGACAAUGAUACCUGGAGACAAACCAACAAGGCCCCGGAUACGUCUGCGGAUUUCGUUGGCGCACUCCAAGUCUUCGAAUCCGCACUCGCCUGCGGUACGGCCGAUGGCAUGGUCAGGCUCUGGGAUUUGCGCAGCGGACAGGUGCAUCGCAGCUUGGUAGGCCAUACUGGGCCUGUCACCUGCCUGCAGUUUGACGACGUACAUCUGGUUACUGGCAGUUUGGACAGAAGCAUUCGGAUCUGGGAUCUCCGAACUGGGUCCAUCUAUGACGCCUAUGCUUAUGACAACCCGAUCACAAGCAUGAUGUUUGAUCAAAGACGCAUUGUCGCCGCUGCUGGCGAGGAUGUCGUCAAGGUAUACGACAAGGUUGAGGGCCGGCACUGGGACUGCGGUGCUGGCAUCACCGAGGCCGAUGAAGCCAAGAGCCCUGCCAUCGUGGAGCAAGUGCGCAUCCGGGACGGAUACAUGGUUGAGGGUCGGCGGGACGGCAUCGUUGGCGUCUGGACCUGCUAG